AUGUCUGAUUCUGAUUCUGAAAACAAACAAACCACCACCACCGCCACUUCUGUCACCCAAAGAUUGUUAUUAUCUUUAAAGGAAGCUGCCAAAAUCAUUGGUACUAAAGGUACCAAAAUUCAAAAAGUAAGAGAUGACAACAACGUAAAGAUUGGUAUCUCUGAAAGAAAAGAAAGAUGUUCUGAUAGAAUCUUAAUUUGUACUGGUUCCAUCGAAGACGUUUCCAAUGCUAUAGGUGAUAUUUGUGAAAUUUUACUAUCUGAAGAUGUUGUUACAAAUGAUGAAGACUCCAACGAAAAGGAAAAUGACGAAUACAAUUCAAUUGAAGAUGAAAAAUUCGUUUAUCCUUUCUUAAACUUCAGAUUAGCAAAGCCAACUUUGGAUGAAGUUAACGAUGCUGAAACUUUGAAGAAAAUCAUUAAUAUUAGAGUAUUAGUUACAAGAGCUCAAUGUUCCGCUAUCAUCGGUACUAAAGGUGACAGAAUUAAAUCUUUAAUCGAAAACCGCGGCGUUAGAAUGAUUGCUUCAAACCAAACCUUACCAGACAGUGAUGAAAGAUUAUUGGAAAUUCAAGGUACAUCAAUGGCUAUUACUAAAGUCUUAGAAGAUAUCAACGCUGUCAUCUCUAAUGAAGUUAGAGCCACCAGAGAAAAAAGAUACGUUCCUCAUGUCAGAAGAAGAAACCAACCUGUCUCUACAAACACUUCUUCCAACACUGGCUCUUCUAAGUCUUUUGAUGAAGAAUUUAAAUCUAUCGUCAAGAUUCCAGAAGCUUACGUUGGUGCUAUCGUCGGUCGUCAAGGUAAUAGAAUUGCCAACUUGAGAAAAUACUCAAAGACUAAGAUUGUCAUCGAAAAGAGAGCAAGUGAAGUCUCUGACGAUGCCGAAAGAAUUUUCGAAAUCAUUAGUAAUGAUAUUAAAAACGUUGAAUUAGCUGAAUCAAUGUUAAAAAAGAACUUGGAAACUGAAAUCCAAAGAAGAAAAGAAAUGGAAGAAACUGAAUCUGCUUAG